AUGCAAUACAUCGCAAUGACCCUCCUGGCUCUCCACAGUGCGCUGGCCGCACCUGUCGCCAUCAAGGCACCGGCAUUCGCUGCCCCCAACUCCGACUCCGCAACAUGCGUCGGCUAUACCAACACGGAAAGCCUGACGCACGACUAUUCCAAGGCCUACUUCCAGGUCAACGUCGGCCGUCCAUUUCUGGGAGGCGGUCGAUGCGACGAGCUCAAGGCCAAGAUUGAGACCAAGUUUAACAUUGCAGGCAAGCUCAGCUGUAAAGGAGGCGACAACGACAAGAACACUGUGCUCAAAUUCAAGAGUGAUUUGAACAAGGAAAACUUGAAAAUGGUCAACGCUGGCUUGAGUGCCGCGUAUCCCGAGAUCAGGUUCACAUGUCCUACUGACGUUCGUUCGUAA